AAUAGGAGUAGGUUGAGCGCUAUACCCAGUUACCACAAGAGAAUGGGAAUCUGGUGAACAUUAUACCGAGAUCUCACAGGAGCCGUGAGAGACCAGGGCUCUGAAGCUAGGGGAGCUCUUGCUCCUGCUGCCCUGAGAGGGGGCAAGGACCUCAUGCUCCCCUGUGCUCCCUUGGCUCCAGGAGAACGCUCCGAGUUUGCUGAUGGGAGAGAAGGCAGUGAUGGAAAGAGAGAAACCGAAGAGUGCUUCGUUACAUAAAUAUAUAAAUCAAUCAAUGAAAGCGGCCCCCGUGCGCGCCUUGACCGCCGUACCUAGGAACGUCAUGUGUGUUGAUACACCACUGUCGAAGCGGAAACAAUCAAAAGGGAGGUUGAGGAGACUAAGAAGGCAUAACUAUAUAAGUGGGAUGAUGAGCGCGAGGCUGACGGAUGUCCAACAUGCGGAGGAAGAGGGUCCCAAGGCAAAAAGCCGAAGAAAGGAGAACACAGACAGACAAGAACAAGGUGAUGAAACCAACGCCAGGUCCGAGAUGAAGGUUGUGUGAUGGAGGGCGAAAGGCUGGAGAAGCCUCAGGAGCGUGACUUGGACAAGUAUUUGUCUUGGCUGGAAUAGGAAACCGCGUCACCGGUUAUCCUAUACGAUCUCUUCUUCCCUUUGUUCCUUUCGUGAUCUCGCCGGCCUAUUUAUGAAGCGCUCAUCAUUUCCCUAAAACGUCGAUCAUUGAGUUUUUC